ACACACACACACACACACAAUAUAUAGCGCCAGGAGGGGCGGAGCCCAAGGAACCGCGAGUCCGGCCUGUGUUUCCUCCCUUACCGAGUGGAAAGAGGGAGAGAGAGGGAGACUGCGGGGGGAAAUGAGGCCUAAUGACAUUUGUUGUGCUUUCAGGGACACCUCUUAUCGCGAUGUGGACAUUCGCACCAACGGGACCCAGCGUCCUGUGCCACCUCACAGGCGGGCGUUGCACGAACCAUUGUUAGUUUUAGAGAAAUAUAACAAUGGCAAACUUGUCGAUUAUACGACUGAGUGACAAUGAAAGACUUGUUAUGUAUGUGUGAAAAUAGUGACGAGCAGUUAGCGAAACGGUCCCUGUUCUCAUAUUGUGAGCUGUGUGUAUGCGUGUGUGUCUGUGUAUAUAUAAAGUUGCUGAGCGCUCUGUCCACAGCUGCCUCUCGCCGCAUUGUGACUAACAGCAUCAUGGCGGAAGAGCUGCUCGCCGGGUCCCAGUGGCCAAAUUCAAGAGAUGCCUAUGAGCUUCAGGAAAUCAUCGGCUGCGGGGCUACUGCCGUGGUACAGGCAGCUCUCUGCAAACCCAAAAAUGAGCGGGUGGCGAUAAAGAGAAUAAACCUGGAGAAAUGCAACACGAGCAUGGACGAGCUGCUGAAAGAGAUUCAAGCCAUGAGUCAGUGCAAUCAUCCCAAUGUCGUGGCCUACUUCACCUCAUUUGUUGUGAAGGAUGAACUCUGGCUGGUCAUGAAGCUGCUGAGUGGAGGCUCUAUGCUGGACAUAAUCAGGAAGACAGUGAGCAGGAAUGAACACAGGACUGGCGUGCUGGAUGAACCAGUAAUUGCAACUGUUCUCAAAGAGGUGCUGGAGGGCUUGGAUUAUCUGCAUAGGAAUGGACAGAUACACAGGGACGUUAAAGCUGGUAAUAUUCUACUUGGAGACGAUGGAUCUAUACAAAUCGCAGAUUUUGGCGUUAGUGCCUUUCUGGCUGGUGGUGGGGAUAUGACCAGAAAUAAAGUGCGCAAAACCUUUGUGGGAACUCCGUGCUGGAUGGCCCCUGAAGUGAUGGAACAGGUACGAGGUUACGACUUCAAAGUCGACAUCUGGAGUUUUGGAAUAACGGCAAUUGAACUGGCAACGGGAACAGCACCGUAUCACAAGUACCCACCAAUGAAGGUUCUGAUGGUGACUCUCCAGAACGAGCCCCCUAUUCUCGAGACGGGUGUAGAAGACAAGGAGAUGGUGAAGAAGUAUGGCAAGUCCUUCCGUAAACUGAUUGCCCUGUGUCUGCAGAAGGACCCUACAAAGAGGCCCACUGCAGCAGAGCUGCUGAAGCACAAAUUCUUUCAGAAAUCAAAGAAUAAAGAUUAUUUGAUGGAGAAGUUGUUGGGACAACCACAAUGCAGAGGGCAAAGGGACCCAAAGACGAUGCGCAUGCAAGGGUCGAGUGGUCACUUGUACAAAACUGAGGACGGAGGCUGGGAAUGGAGCGACGAUGAAUCGGGUGACGGAUACGAAGAAUCAAAACCUGCCGCCUAUCAGAAAGCGGGGCCAUCAGGAAGUUCAUCACAUCUGAUGAACCAGGGUGGACCUAUUCUCCUUGUUCUACGAUUGAGGAAUUUACAAAGGCAGUUGAAUGACAUCAGAUUUGAGUUCACUCCAGGCAGAGACUCUGCCAUCGGCGUUUCUCAGGAACUUGUUUCUGCAGGUUUAGUGGACGAGUUUGACAUGCUGGUUGUGGCGAACAACCUGCAGAGACUAAUCGAUGACCCUCAUUCGAACAGGACACUCACAUUUAGACUGGUCUCUGGCUGUGAGGGUUACAGCCCAGACGAAACCAAACUCAUUGGAUUUGCACAGCUCAGCAUGAGAUGACAAUCGUGCUCAGAAAGCGGUACCAAAGAAUUCUGGGACGCCUCUAUCAACACCACCUGAACCUCCCCUGCCCUUCCCCAAGAGCACUUUAUAUGAUUCUGUUUCAUUCUCAUGCUUCAACUAUCAAUGUAGUAGACCUAGCACUAGAAUCUGCUCCACGUUCUUAGCCAUAUGCCAUAUGCAAUGGGCUUAUGCCUCUUUGAAUAGAGUCAAGUGUCUUAAUUAAAUUGCAGAAUUAUAAAAUAGAGGCAAGUUCAUCCCCCUCCCUCUUGCAAUCUAGGUUCAGCAUUAGGGUAAGAAAAGGUCUUAGAAAAGGACUGUACUCAGGUCAUUUCAUUUUUAUUAUUAAAAUUUCCCCUCUGGGUUUGGAGUAAUCACACCCUCUUGUCCUGCCCAGAAUUGGCAUUUGAAAAUUGUUUUUUGGGCUUAAUUUUCCUUAAGGUAGAUAUACAAAUGCUGCAGUACCAGUUGGUAUUAUACUUUGAUACAUUCUCAGCAGUGAGAUAAUUCAGUAUGGCUUAACCAUUCUCAUGCCCUCAGAACUCAGUCACCAAUUAAACAUGGGAGGAUAAUUGAGUCAGUGGCAAUAUAGGAAGAUUAAAGAACUACCGUUAGAAAUGGCCAGUCUCUUGCACAGAGAUGACCAGGCGAGUGAGAGCAGUGUGUGUGUGUGUGUGUGUGUGUGUGGAAGGAUUGUUAUGGGGGAGGUAGUUACAAUAUGGUUGGAUCCCUAUCUGACUGGUUAGAGCAGAGGCCCCUUCUCCUGCUUAACAAACAUCUGCUUCUUGCAAGCCAGACGUUUUCAGUGCAAAACCUGACCCUGUGCCAGUGUUUGUCACAGCAUGAACCUUGUGAUGAAGGUCAGGGCUGUGGGGUGGACUCAGUACGUACCAUGGCCCUUCAGUAUUGGGCAGCCUUGUAGUAGGCCCCCCUCGGUUAUGACUGACCAUGGGUGAUGCAUCCUAUUUUGCAGAUAAUGUGUGGUCGGAAGCAAGCUUGGGCAGCCUGGUAGUUCAGUGGGAUGUGGCUGGAUUUAAGGAUAAUUUCUCCUCGAGCUUCCCCUCCCAACGUUAGGCGGCUCACCAUUAAAGCAGAGAAUAUUUCUCAUAUCUAGAAACACACGGCCGUGCCUGCUGUUCAGCCUGGAAGUUAAUCUGACUCCCAUCUGUGUGUGAGCUUGCAGAUGAAAGAAGGCUUUUCUGUGGCAUAAUGCGAUGGAAGGAAGGUGCAGGGGAGCAGAGCCGACGGGCUGAUCUUUCUCUGCUGAACGAUAAGAUGCAGAUACAAACUAAAUGUUUUGGGGAAAAAAAAAGUUGCUGGGGGGUUUGUGGGAAGCGACAGACCCAUUCGAGAACUCUUUCAUUCUAGGAUUGGGGCAUUCCCUAAAGCACACAGAUUUCUGUCACCCAGAUCCUUGAAUCAUAGUGUGUUGGCUUCAGUCCAGCCACAAUUUGUAUGCCAGUUAGUGGGAGAUUCUCUAAAGCAUAGAACUAUAGGAAUAGCAAAUAAGCAGUGCCUCUCUGGAUUAGACUUGAAUUUAGGCAGCACAAACUUGAGUACUUAGUUUGCACUUAGCCAUGCUAUUAUAUCUCGGGGGAAGAGUGUGGUGGUAGGGAAUCGUGGGAUGCCCUUGUUGGUUAGAAGCAGAAGUUAAUUGCAAAUUGCAACGAUGCCUGUAGGCAAUGUUCCCCUGGAGUGACGCAGAAUUCCUGGGUAGCUCCAGCCCGUCCCCUUCUCUGUCCUUGGAGCCUUGCCCGUGCAAAGAUUUGAAGCUGAACACUUGUGGGUUUGACGCCAACUCCAGCCUCAAAUUCCAGGGGCAGGAAGUGGCUGCUUCUCAUUUGGAAGGGGAAGGGGGGUAGAGGGAGGAAAAGGAGAGCUGCUCCUCCUCCUGAAAAACCAAAGAUUGAUAGGACCUGUUGACCUGGACAACUCAGGUAGUGGGAGCUGUGAACCCCGACAACCAAACGUAGACAGAGCAGAAACUAUUGUGAACUGAACCGUUAGUAGCUGUGAAGCUCCUAGGUCUUGCCCUGCUCCACUAUACUCUCAGAAAUCAGUCAAGGGAGAGCUAAGGCAACCAGAGGUCAACAGACGAGGCUGUUCCACUGAACCAAAUAAAUGUGAUAGCAAUCAGGCAGUGUUGACUUGUGUGUAAGUGUGUGUCCUCAAGAAAGUUAGCACUGAGACAGGUUUUCAGAGGGAUCAGGAACUCAUUUUCAGCAGGGUCGACCCCUGCACAGUUCAGGUUUAGAUGCAACAUUAGAGGGGGGUGGGAAAUCUUCCUCAAAUAGGUUUGGUUAGCACGGCUCCAGUGGCAGAGCACCUGCCGCACUUGGUGAAGGAGAGCCCGAGGCCGGUAAGAUGUGCUCCCAGUUUCACUGCCUUCAGCCACGCUGAGAGGAUUAAAGUGGCCACCAACAUAUCAGGGCAAAGGAAAACACUUCUCGCUGUGAUCUCCACUCAGCAUUCAGGAUAAUAUCUGAAACGUGGUCCAUUGCGACUGAAGCUACAGUGUUACACCGCAGGGGAGAGGGGAUUGAAUGGUUCUCCCAUCCUACCGAGCUCGGUCCCCAGCCUGGUUGCCAGAGUCAGUCAGCUUGCCAAGUUGGAGCAGAGAAAGAAAAUUGGCAGCUUAACCCAGCAGUGACACUUGGGAGGAGAACCCCCUCCAUAAAUUGUGGUUAAAGAGCAGGGAGAGAAAUGUUGUUUGUGGAUUGGUAGGGGAAGAGUUUUUAAAAGAUAUAUAGAUAUAGGGGUUUGGUAGAAAUCAGGUUGCGUUAUCUGGGGCCAUUCUAAUUCAUAAAGUGGGACACAGACUCUGGGUAGGGCAUGUCAGUUGUUGGCGUCCAGUUUAAAGUGGGCACAGGGGGUGUGCAUCACUGUUUAUUCUAAUCACAGAUGUGCAAUAGCCAAUAUUCUGGCACUGGGACAGGGCUUUAAUACCAGCGAAGAAAAGGUUAAACAGAGCAGGUGUAAAGAGUUGGCGCUUCAGGUCAAUGACCUCUCUGCAGAUGAAGUUACGGUGAUGUUCAUCAUCCCCAAUCCCACAAACACAGGACUGUUUGGAUUUGGCAAAAUACUGCAACCCUAACAAAUGAUUUUAGGACCAAGCACAGAAGGGGAAACAAGUUCUGUUCAGUGACCAGUAAGUGCACAUGACUGAGGAAAGUGCCUUGUAUUACUGCUUUGUGCAAAGGAUUUACCUGGUUGUGGAUGAGUGUGAAGCAUUGUAAGGAUUUAUUAGUAUACGGGUUUCAGUGUAUAAAUGCUGCUGCUGUUUAUAUCCCAUGGUUACUGGAUAUACUGUAUCCUCUUCAUGGAAGAUUGCCGAAAUGGUGACUAAUAUUUUAUUUAAACAUUUGAUGUGAAUGUGAAGAAUUGUGAAAGGAUUCCACCAUUUUGCAAAUUAUUUUUUGUUCAACAUUGUAGAAUGUGCCAGUAACCAACUUGUUGCCUACUGACGAAGCUCUCCCUAUGGGUGUAACAGGUACACAGUUGUGUCUUUCAAAUACGAUUUAGCCAACCAGUUCACAUGUGCUAUUACAUGCAACCAUUCACAGUACCAGGUUUAUAUGGUGCUGGAUCAAUUUGUCAUCUAACCCUCAGACCCCCAGUGGGGCAAGGUUAAUACAUGCAGCUCUCCAAUGCAGAAGUGCUUUAUAAGCACUCAUCUAUAAUACAACACACGAGGUUGGCAGUCUGCGUAGGAUUUCUGUGGAAACAUUUCAGAUCUAACAUUACUCAUUAUUCAAACUCCAGUUGCACUCAUUCCUGGACCCAGGCCGAGUAAGUAGAUCCUGGUUAGAUAGUUUUAAAGAGUAGAUGACAGCCCCACCAUGGGAACAGCAUCCAGGAGAGAGAUGCCAUUUCUCAAUUAAAAGAAAAGUACACUUUCACUCAGUUCUUCAAUCCAGAAAGUAUGCAGCAAGCUAGGCUGCUUUAACCUGGACUGCUCACUCUCGCUCUCUCUCUCUAUAUCACAGGAGACAAGACUAUCAGCAGAUGUAUAUUACAAACCUACUGACUCCCAGUUAUCUGGACUACACUUCUUCCCACCCUGCCUCUUGCAAAGAUGCUAUUCCCUACUCUCAAUUCCUCUCUGCUCCCAAGAUGAGGUCUGCCAGAGACAUCAUCCUUCAGGGAACGUGGGUUCCCCCUUCUCUCAUACAUGGGGCUUCACUCGUGUCGCUUCUGUGUCCCAUCAUUCUGCUCUUGCUCCCCUUCCCUCCAGACGCCACAAAGUUCCCCUGGUCCUCACCUUCCACCCCACCAGCCUCCACAUCCAACACAUUAUCCUCCGACAUUUCCAUUACCCACUGAUCACAUCUUUGUAUCCACAGUCAUCUUUCCGCAGAGACCGUUCCCUCUGCAACUCAUUGGUUCACUCAUCCCUUGGCACCCAAACCACCACCUCCCCAGGUACUUUCCCCUGCAAUCACAGGAGAUGCAACAUCCGACGUUAUAGCUCCUCCAUCAACUCCAUCCAGGGACACCGACAGUUCUUUCAGAUGAGGUUCACAUGUACCACCUCAACUCAUUUACUACAUCCAGUGUUCCCGAUGUGGGUUCCUGUACAUCGGCGAGACCAAACAUACUCAGUGACAGUUUUGCUGCUGAACACUUACGUUUGGUCCGAUGGCCUAGGGGAUCUCCAGGUUGCUAAUCAUUUAAACCUCUCCAAACAACUGGCUUUCAGAAGGAGGAUUUUCCUCCCAGGAUAUCAAUUGAAAAGAUGCAUCUUUUUAAAAUAAAACAUGAAAUUGGAUGUGUUGGGAAAGACAACUGUAGAGUACUUUGUACCAUAGAAAGAGCUUUGGUGAAUCGGUGGGAGUUGAGAAGCAGUUGAUGGUUUGUUUGCUCCCACUCCUACAUUCUGAAAAUGUCACAAGUAAAGCAACCACAAC